UAUAGUUGACACUUGACAAAUAGGGUUUUGGAGUUUUGCCAUAUCUCCCUCCUGUUAACCGUGCUGUCUCCGGUCACCGCCGGAAUCGAAAAUUUCCGAUUUUGAAUAAAAAUGAAUUUCUUAAACUCAGCAGCAUCUAUAUGCAGAAGAGUUAGCUUGAGGGAACUAAUCAACGAGGUUCCUGCUUACACUGGCAGUAGCAUUUCUGAUGGUUCUACAAGUGGGUUGAGUUUGGUCUUUAAGCGUUGGGCUACAAAGAAAACUGCUGGUUCCACAAAGAACGGUCGUGACUCUAAACCCAAGAAUCUCGGCGUCAAGAAAUUCGGAGGAGAGAAUGUGAUACCAGGUAACAUAAUAGUCCGACAACGUGGGACUCGGUUUCAUCCUGGAGACUAUGUUGGAAUCGGCAAGGACCAUACUCUGUUUGCGUUGAAGGAAGGACGAGUCAGGUUUGAGAAGAACAAGAUAACUGGACGCAAAUGGAUUCAUGUUGAUCCAAAGGGAGGUCAUGUUCUUCACCCUAUCUACGCAAAAGCUGCAGCCGCCAAGUCUAAUAAGAUGGAGAUAGCUUCGUCGUCCUCGUCGUGAAAAACACAUUGUAAUUCAACAAAAUAAAGGUGACUCUUGUUUUGUUUGAUCAUAACGAUUCUCUCUUGGCUAAAAGAUGGUGAUAAGAUCUUGAGAACAGAAACACUGAAUUCAAUAACAAUUUGCCAUUUUUUGUUUUUCUGUUUAGUAUUUGUCUGAAUACAUAGCACAUGAGCUUGUUUAAGCCAUGACGUAAGUUCAGUUGGUUCAAAAGAUUAUCAGUUUUAUUUUCCGUAA